ACUCGAGAGCGAGAUAGUUCCGGUGUCUGAUACGAAGAAGCUCAUCGACCGAGCGCAUGGAACCAUGGCGGUGGCACGCUGACAAAAAGGGGGUGUCAAGCGGUGGCAUUUGGGAACUUGCAACCCAAACACGGAUGCAGCGAGAGAUACAUGACGCCCAAAAGCCUGGCCAAUGGGCUCGCAGCGCUCCCAGGCACCACCCGUGCCACCUCACUUGCGUCUCCCCGCCUCCUCCCCACUGCGCCCUCUGCGCCAUCAAGAAACAAGGAAAGAAACACCUGUACGGCGACAACAGGAGAGAAAGACCUCCGAACGCCUCAAGCUGAUGGAGUCCUCUUCCUUCUCUUGUUCUUCUUCCUCCUCCGCCUCUUCUUCUUCUGCUUCUGAUCUCGAGGCUGGACGCGCUGCUCCUUAUAAUUCCGCCGGAGCGGCGGCGGGAUCUCGGUCGCCCAAGGCCAGGUUCUUCUGCGACGGCCUCGACGACGAGGAGCCGCACCACUUCUUGGACUCGUGCUUCCUCUGCGGCAAGCCCCUUGCCGGCAACCGCGACAUCUUCAUGUACAGAGGGGAUAUGCCGUUCUGUAGCGAGGAGUGCCGGCAGGAGCAGAUCGAGAUGGAUGAAAGCAAGGAGCAGAACCGGAAGGUCCCCCCCAAGGCUUCUUCUUCCAGCAAGGACUCGAGCAAGGGUGGCACUGCCACCGGCCCAUCCAAGUCCCACAAGGUCCACGUUAGGGCCGGCACCGCCGUGGUUGCAGGCUAACGGCCAAUCGUGAGAUAUAACACGCGACCAAGAAAGAGAGAGAGAGAGAGUUGAAGCAAGAUGGUUCAUGUGGGUGCUGGGCAACAAAAGUAGAUCGCGUCCGGGGAUGCUGUCUUCUUUUAGGAUCCUCCAUUUUGUCCCCUUUUUCCACCACCCCCCCCUCGUUUGGCUGUUUCUUGAAAUAAAUGAUAUUUGAUAUGAGCCUUUUGAAGGAA